AUGGCGGUUCAGACGAAAGCUAUUCAGAGACAAGAGCUCUCUUUGGUCGCGGUGCCGCCAACACCGAUUUCGUCGCAGAAGCCGAAAGCUGCCCCACCUUCCCUCCCCACCCCCUUAGCGGUGCAAUGCGCCACAGCCAAGGCUGCAGCAGUGCCCAAAGGCAACAACCCACCAGGUGAGGGCUUUGCUUGUGGAGAAUUAUUUGGUGAACCGGCUGUCUCCCAUUACAAGCUCCACUUCAAUCGCCGCUGGGGCACAUGGAAAGAGAAGUCCGUCGGGGUUGUGGCCAUCAUGUGGGCAGACAUGCGCGUGAGGAUGGAAGACAUGCAGCUUGCCAAGUUGAUGAAGGCGAUCAAGGAGCGUUUGUGCGAGGCCUUGGGCGAGGAGGCCGUGGUGGCGAUCGUGGACGACCAGGUCGGUGAGUUGGACCGGAUCUUUGUUUGUUUGUUGGCCCGGGCGGAGGACUGCAUCGAAGUCCGCAAGGCGUGGAAGCCGAUGACCUUUGGAAAGGCGACGGCCACCUGGAGAGAUACUAUUGAUACUGGGUCAAGUCAUAUGACUCCGAGACUCAAGGCUUGCUGGAACCCAGAUGGGCUGGCGAUCGAUGGAAUGAGCAUUGAGUUUCCAGCUCGUUGGGCCCUGAAAGAUGUGGGUCCUGUAGGAAAGGCUGCCAGAUGUCAAGAGGGUUCUCAUUGGUACAACUUUGCCUCUCUCUUCGGAACCGUGCUGGAGGCAUACAUAGUGGUAGCCGCACGUGCUGAGACUGUCAACCUAGUGGUUCAUUAUUCGUCCAACCGCGGGCCGUAUUCUGCCUACAAGGCGUUGUCGGGGAGAUGCUUGUACAAUCCAAUGACGACCGCCGAUUCCCAAAACUCCAAAGCUAAAGACUUGUCAGUGCUGCGCGCCACCUAUGGAACCUAUGCUAGCCUGCUGUCCAAAGCGACGCGGGGUGUACUGUCCUCCAUGACACUUCAAUGGACGGGUAAGGCAAUACCCUUGCCCCAAGGUACAGAAACCGAGGGGCCCAUCUUCGAGCUGUAUCCCUUGGGAGGGGCCAUCGUGACGUCGAAUGAAGUCUUCCGAAUGGCACCUUGGGGCCCGCAAGAGGUGAAGAUCGGCAAGACUCGCAAAUGUCAUCUCUUCAUGUCCGAUGAAACCGCCGGCGUCUCCAACAUCCAUGCGGAGCUCACGCUCUUGGCGCCGGUGAAAGGCUCCGCGCGCCAAGCCCGGCUCUUUGUGUGCGAUCUAUCCAAAAACGGCACCUGGGUGAACGAGCAGCGCAUUCCAAAAGGCCAACUACUGGAACUCCGCGAUGGCGACGUUUUACGCCUUGCUGAGGUGCCACGCUACGCUGUGCGGCGCUUCGAGUCACUGCGGCAGUGCCAAAGUGCACAACCUGCGAACAAGUCAGACCCGGAGUUUUAUGUUAACACCAAGGCACCUUUCUCAGAGGAAGAUGCCGAGAAGCUGAAAACGCCCACGAUGAAGUCAGCCGAGCUGAUCACUAAGCUGGAUGAGCUCAUGAGCCAGGCGGCUGAAUACAGAGAGAAGAUCGCGGAAUUGCUGAAGAGUAUCAAGUCCUUGAAGGAAUCGGAGAAGGAAGUCAUCCACUGGCUCAACGGCCAACUGAAGCCCUCAGAGCAGAAGUUGAAGCAGAUGGACGCCAGCGCUGCCAAGAUCAGUCAGGCAGCCAAAGGACAGCGGGCAGAAGCGGACCAGAAGCAGAAGCAGGAACUCCAAGAGCUGCAGAGGCGAGCCUUGAAGAUCAUCGAGGAGUAUCAGAAGGCUUUGAAGGCCUUUGCUAGGACGCCUUCCCUUUUGACCCGACCUCACUCCAGGGUCAUGACUCUGUCGCUCCGGCGUGUGGUGGCUUUGGCCAUUGUUGCGCUGGGUGUCUCGAGCCUCUCAGCAGCCAUCAGCUUCGUAGCGAUGGGUGGGAGAAGGACAUCAAAGUCGCGAAUGCAGAUGCAGGCCACGCGAAAUAAUGACAAGAGUGACAACUUCAUUGACAAAGCAUUCACAGUUAUGACAGACAUGGUGGUGGCUGCCAUACCAUUGGCUCAGCAGGAAAAGGAUGCCUACCAGUUCUAUCGUGACGGAAUGCAGGCACAGGUGGCCGGCGACUACUCUGCCGCCCUGCGCGCCUAUGCUGAAUCUUUGAAGUUGGAGGAGGACCCGAUUGACCGAAGCUACAUCUUCUACAACCUUGGCAUCAUUUUUGGUUCCAACGGAGAGUAUGUCAAGGCUGUGAAGUAUUAUCAUUUGGCCUUGGAUCAGAACAAGGAGCUUUGCCAGGCUUACAACAACAUCGCAGUGAUUUAUCACGACCAGGCCAUGCGAGCCGAGAAGAAGGGUGCGCUGGACAAGUCCACGGUCCUAUACGACAAGGCCUCUGAAUAUUGGAAUCAGGCUAUUCGCAUUGCGCCGACCAACUACUUGGAGGCACAGAACUGGCUCCUGACCACUGGACGAAUGAACCAAGAAGCUCAGAACAAGCUUGGAGGAAUUUGGUGAUGAGCUUUGCUCUACGGAUCAGCUGACGUCACCGCCUCGAGCGCUGAGGCUUAGGAUCUGCCCUGGAUGGCCCGCGCCUUCCAUUUUCCGGGAUCGAACCUUGUAGGUCACCAGAGUAGCCAGAGGGCCAUGCCAAAGGCACCAGUGGCCAACCUCAGCAUUUUCAAAGCGACGCCCAAAGAUGGUGGCUUGUCGCCGCCUCGUACCAGCUUGUGCAUAUCAGAUCUUAGACUUAUUCUAAACCACUGCACCACGGAUUGUCUAUGUCCCAAGUUAUGUGAGUUAAGCCGCCGUAAACGGUGUCAUUUCAUGCGAGGGAAUGUGAGAGCGUCGAGGGCCCGGCCGGGAGUAGAAGUCGCUCUGGCGAAAUGAGAGGUUGGACCUCCAAACUCCAGCGUUGAAAGAC